ACGGGCGGACACGUGACAUGCAACAGGAAGUAAAUAAACUGCUUUCCCGCGCAGUUAAAUUGGAACAGCAAGUCGUCUGCUUUCAAGGAGAAUAAACCAAAAUGGAUGAGCUUUAUUUGGAUAAUAUUGACGAAUACGUCAAUGACCAUAAUAAAAUAGUAACCUAUAAAUGGCUGAGUCUCACUCUUGGAGUUCAUGUCAACACAGCAAAACAAAUGCUCUACCACUACCUGGAUCACAAGAGGAAGGAGAGUUCAGCUCAGCUGCAUGCCACCUACCUUGUGUCAGGGAAAUUUGUGGACAACGGUCAAACGAGUCACAAGGUGUCUGUUGUGAGAGAGGAGCAGCUGGAAGACUUCAAAGCCAAGAUGAGCUUGGUAGUCAGCGUGCACGUCUACAGCGUCCAGAAAGCGUUGCUUAAAGACAGCGGCCCACUUUACGCUGUGGACUACGACGCUGUGAAAGACAAUCUUAAAAACUGCAGCAGAUACAGCGCGAUCCGCUGUGCCAGCGCAGUGCCCAUGUCUUCUGUGGAGCUGCAGCAGGCGAGGGAAGUUCAGCAAGCUCCUACACCUGAGCCUGAAAACAAAAAGGCUGGCAUGAAUGGAGACACCAGCCCAGUUUUAAAAUCAUCCGCCAAGCCUCCAAAAGGCAUCAUGGGAAUGUUUGCUAACAAAUCUGCUCCUAAGAGUCAGGAUAACAGCAAAGAGAUGAAGCCUGAAAAGAAAGAGGAUGCACAUGAUAUCGAAGCACCCAAAAGCAAACCGGUCGCAAAAGUCAAUCCAGUGGCAAACUUCUUUGGGACUCAAACAUCAAAGAAGCCGGAGAAAACCGUGAAGGAGGAGGAAGCACCUCAGUCAUCUUCCAGAGCAGCGCAGCAGCAUGAAAGGUCAAAACCAGAGGAAAAGCAAGAAACCGUUGCUCCAGUGGAGCCACAAAAAGACACAAAGAAAGACUCCAGAAGCAAAACUAAGCGGCUAGAAGAUUCUGACGGUGAAGAGGAGAAGAUGGAGAAGAAAAAGAGGAGGAGGAUCAAGAAACCAGAGCCAGACAGCAGUGAUGAAGAUGUUAUUCCAGACUCUCCACAGCCAGUCGUGACAAGAGAACCAUCAUCACCAAGUCCUAAAAAGGAGGUUGAACCUGAUAGACAUUCUCAUCCGAGCAGCUCUGAAAUGAAAAUAAGGAAGAGAAGACGAGUCAUGAAGUCUCAUACCUUUGUGGACGAUGAUGGAUGCAUGGUGACAGAAAAAGGCUACGUGAGUGAAUCUUACUCUGAAUCCGAAGAUGAUUUUAAACCCUCCAAACAAGCUUCAAGAGAUCCCAUUAAAGCAAAACCAUCAUCAAGUAGCAAAGAGGAUGAGAAGAAAACUCAAAAGAAAGCAUCAGCAAACUCAAAUAAGGGAACUAAACAAGCUUCCAUAAUGGGAUUUUUCCAGAAGAAGUAACAGAUGGUGAUGGAUGCUUUCAGUAGCACUAAGGACAAACAAGCACUGCUGUAGACUUGCUGUAAUGACACUGUAGCGUAUCUGAAAUCAGCUGGAACAAGUCAGAACACUUGACAAAUGGACUUCAAUACAUGGACAUUAAAAAUUACAUUUUAGUUUCUCCAUUUUAUGAAUACACGUCCAACUCAAUAAACAUUAAAAAAUUAAAUGUGUGUUUUCACUUUCAGAAAUGUAAAACCAUCACAAGCCUGAAAAUCUGAACGCAUUAACCAAACCACCACAUUUUAAUGGA